AUGAUAACAGAUUUAUCUGUCACUUUCUGCGCCUCAACUGGCGCCCCAGCCGCGUGUCCUCUGGAACAGCAGACAUGGAAUCGACUCGAGAAAGAUCUCUACCUUCACGCAGGCGAGCAGACGGCAUGGAUCUACCUUGAAGAAAGGAACGAGGCCGAUGUUGCCCAUGACAACCGCGUCAUCACGGAUAUUUGGGUUGGCGAUAUAAAGCCUUCCACUGAUGCAGAGGACAGCUGGGAGCAACGACCUUGCGGCAUUUGGAUCCUGAGAAGUCACCACACUGGUCACGAAUUGAGAUUGUUGACAGGUAUUGACGUUCUUUUCGGCACGGAUGCUGUCGAUCCACGACCAGGCUGGACAUUGUUACCCGCGCCCCUCCAGCUUGAGGAUCAACCAGACGUGCCCGCACCAAGACUCUCAGCACGAUUUGGUCCACCAAUACCCAGACCUGACGACCCGAAUACGCCGUUACGUGUCAAAAAAGACGGAAAAUUCAAAAUUGUCCAGAUUUCUGACACGCACAUGGUCACGGGACCUGGGAUUUGUAACGAUGCCAUCGACGCAGAUGGUCGGCCUUUACCUAGCAUUGAAGCUGAUCCGAACACGGUUAAUUUUAUCGGGGAAAUUCUGGACGUCGAGAAACCCGACUUUGUGAUUCUCAGCGGAGAUCAAGUACAUCACGAUAUCCCGGACACACAAUCCCCUUUAUUCAAAGUCGUGUCACCUUUGAUCAGUCGAUCGAUUCCUUUUGCGGUUGUUUUUGGGAAUCACGACGAUGAGGGCAUCUACGCGCUAUCACGCGAAAAGCAAAUGGCAAUACUGCAAGAUCUCCCAUUUUGUUUAGCACAGGCUGGCCCCGACUCAGUGGAUGGUGUAGGCAACUACUAUCUCCAACUCAUCUCCGGCGAUGAAAGGCAGAUUCCGAUAGCAACACUCUUCUUUUUAGACUCUCAUGGGCAAAUCACGAGUGCUGGCAAGAACCCCGACUAUGAGCCGAUUCAGCAGAGCCAAAUCGACUGGUUUAUAUCUACUUCACAGCAUUUAAGAAAGAUCCGUAUUACAGAGAAAGACAGUGGCUCACGUUUUCUUUCUCUGGCUUUCAUGCAUAUACCCUUCCCCGAAUACGCAGGAGACGAUUUGUCGAUCAGUGGUGGCAAGCGGAGAGAACCAACCGAAGGCCCCAGCUUAAACACUCAUCUCUACGAUGCCCUGGUGCAAGAAGAUGUGUCCGCGGUGGGUUGUGGGCACGAUCAUGUCAAUGACUUUUGCGCUCUGUUACCAAAGUCGCAGCGAGACCAGUUGGUAGAAGGCGACACCCAAUCGGUCAAGCAUGGCCCGUGGCUCUGUUACAACGGAGGUAGCGGAUUCGGGGGCUACUGUUCCUAUGAUGAGAAUCGGUACUACAGAAGGACACGCGUCUGGGAGAUUGACGCUAACAAGAGCGAGUUGAAGACAUGGAAGCGCAUCGAGUACUCCGGUGACCGAUUCGAGGAACUAAUACUCGUAGAAGGCGGCCGAGUCACAGAUCCCUCAGCAUCAUUAGACACCGAUAAGACAUGCACGAUUCUCUAA